CGAAACAAAAUAAGAACAACACGCAGAGGCACGCACACAGCUGCACGUGCGGUGACAGACGUCUCGUGCGAAAUUUGACAGUUCUCUUCGGAGGCGGCUUUUUGCGGAAAAUUACCCCCAGCAUUUACGAUGGAAGUGGAAACAACGAAACCCUGCUUCAAAAGCAAAGAUCUCUCCGAGGUUAAUCCCAUGGGAAAGAAGCGACAGUGGAAAUCGCUGAAGCAAAUUUUGGCCCACGAGAAAACCCUACCGUGGAAGGAGUCGGACAUUACCUAUUCAUCAGUAAACGCUCCACCUUCGCUAAAGCCGGCGAAAAAGUAUUCCGACAUUUCCGGCCUGAUUGCACCGUACACGGAUCCACACUCGAAGCUGCGGUACCACAACGUGGAGGAGUACCAAACCAUCCGCACCUUUCCGAUGGACCUUACCGCCGGCUACUUGGCGCUGCGUGGUGCUACGAGUAUUGUGUAAUAGCGCUAGGGAACAGUCUUUAUUAAGUAUUAAAUCUUCCUUUAUUUUCGAAGAUCCGGAUUCGACAAUCUUACAAACCUAACAGUCACCGAUCAUGAUCCUUAUUCACUUAAGCUUAAACCGGGAACAGGCGUGUAAAAGUAGAGAAAAACGGUCCACCCCCAAUAUCACAACCGGGUUUCACAAAAUGUAUCACUCUUAAAUCAGAGCGCUCGGGCGUAGCACAAGCUCUCCACCACCGUACACAGAACGCGGAAAAUGGAAA